GCACCGCUUGUCGACAUUGUUUGGGGGACCCAUCACCUGUACAGAGUCCUUGGUGCAGACUGAUUCUCGAAUCCUUGAGUUGAAAUGCCGAGUCCGAAACACGCCAAAGUCAAGCCCUGUGAGGCUCCGUCGGAAACCGAGAAAUCGUCGGCCGAAUCGCUACCGAAACCUACGACCUCGGACGAGCCGUCGACCGCCGGGAAUCCAUCGCCCGAGCCAGUGCCGGAACCCUCCGCUUCGGAUAGGCCGUCGACCACUGAAAGUCCAUCGCCCGAAUCAUUGCUGGAAGCCUGCGCUCCGGCCGGGCCGUCGACCACCGAAAACCCAUCGCCUGGACCGCACACGGAGCUCUCAACAAGCGACUCACUCUCAGAACGAGCACCAAGGACUCCGAAGCCGUGUUAUAGAAUCGGGGAUCGCUUUACUGUUACUCGCGUCAGGAGCCCCGAUCUACACGUCCGCUUCGCUUCCACAGUCGAAAUCUUGAACGACGAUAGUGACGAGGACGAUUCCGCGCAAGGGGCCCAGACGGGAUCCUCCUCGGCGCGUUCCAGACCCAGAACCAAGAAAUGCUUCCAAUGGCACCACCACAAGAAGAAUGGGAAGAAAAAGUAAUGGGGAGGGACGAGGAGACCCGCUGUGAAAGUACAGUUUGAAGGUUUUUUAUCGUAGGUUGAUACAAGGGGAGAUGAUGCGUGAGCUCUCGGGCCUCCAUCGAGACUGAGCGGAAGGAAGUCGAACGAGAUAAAAGGUAUCAUAGAAAUAGGAAUGCGAGAAUAAGACUCCCAACCGAAGAUAGCCGAGACUUGGAGCUCCGCCCAUACAUUUGACAAGCAUUCGUCGCCGGGAUAAACCUUCAAGAAUCGUCGGUUUUACUGCUCACCCCAAGUCCCUUCGGAGCGGAAUAAUGAUUUAACGAAAAUUGUGCCAUCCUUCAGAAACCGAGCGAUGCUUCCUUUAUCAAUCGCCAUUCGUAAAUUAAAUACUGACUCUUCACCAUUUAUAAUAAAUGAAUUGACACUGGAGUAAGAC